AUGGAUCAAUGUGAUUCUUCUAAGUUGAAAAUAGACUACUUGAGUUAGGAAAUCCAAAAUUUAAACCAAAGGUUAGAAGAAUAAAUAACCAUAAACUUGCAAUAUUAAAGUCUAAUUAAUGGUCGAACUGAUAUGAAAAUGCUUUUGAGUGUUAUGCAAUCGGAAUAAGAACUUUUGAAAUAAUAAAUAACGAAAUUACUUACAGAGAGGAAUGAAGCAGUAUCAAAGGUAAUUCACCAUGUAAUUUAGGUUCUUAUUCUAGAAUAAAUACUCUAAGUCACUCAAUAGGAAAGUGAUUUCAUUCUCAAAGAGUCAGAACAAAGAAUUAAGCAACUGCAAGAACAAAUAAAAUAUUAUGAGUAGUCAUGCUAAAACCUGAAUCUUUACGAGAACGAUCCUCAAAAUGAGGGUUAUUUAAUAAAGUAUAAAUAAGUAUAAAUAUAUUACAUUUUUAAGAUUGUGAAUUUGAAUGAGGCCACCUUGAGAUUGCAAUAGGAGAUCGAGAAUUACAAGAUUCAAUUGGCUUUGGCUCACAUGAAGAUGAGUAAGUUAUAGGAAUCCAAAAACGAUUUAAUUUAGUUGAACUUUGUAAAUCCACAUAAUAUACAUUUAGACUCUCUCAAACGAGAUAUGUAGAUUGAAGAUGUAACCGAAUCAAGGAGUGAAAAAUGUAGACAAAUACAUCUCCUAACUAAUUGAAGUCCAAAAGAAGUUGGUCGAGAUCGAAGAUGAUGAUUCAGAUAAGGAUUGCACAUCUCCAAUGGGAGAUAGAAUUCAAUGUUGCUCAAAUAAAUGUAUAAAUGAAUCAAUAUUGAGAGACCAUUUUAACUUAGCACAAUAUGCCAAAAUUGGAUUUGAAGAGGGCUCAACAAAUAUAAGCCUUUACCUUAUAACAAAUCAACAUGAAACAACAAAAGAACCAAGAUUUAAAUCAAUUAGAGGAACUAUAAAAAUGGGUAAAUGAAUAUAAGUAUUUGAAAAAUAACUACGAUGCUUCCAAAAUACUAUUUGAUUAAUUGAAGAUUCAAUUCGAGGAUCUCCAAAGGAAAUACUAUGAAACAUUAUCAAUAAACGCCACUUUGAUUCGGGCAAAUCAAAAUUACGAAGAAAAAUGGUAGAGCAUCAACAAACAACAUAUCAUAUAUAAGGAAUUUUAUUUGUAGUAUAAGGAUUCCAUUGAAAUAUUCAAUAAAAGUCUAAGCAAUAAAAAACUAUAGGAAUCGCUAUCUGAAAGGAAGGAUCUGUGUGAAUUUUCAAUGUAAGAUUCAAAGUUGAGACCGACAUCUUAAUUGAGGAGAUCCAGUGUUAACGUAGUUGGAAUUACAUCAGUGGAUUCAACAGCCAAUUGCAUCAACUACAAAGAUAAAUUAAUCCAAAUGACUAAGGAUGUUUUUUAAAUAUUCAAGAAGAAGUAGAAUGAAAAUGAAAGUAGCGAUGAAGAUAUUCCUAAAUUGAACCAAAUGAAAAGGGAAUUUACUGUAUCCAACAAUUUUCAAUCUAAAUAACGACAAGUAAAAAAAUGA